CGCAGUGUUCGUGGGAUGGGGCAGCGGGCUGCCGUUGGCGGCCGGAAUCCGCGCGCAAGCCGGGUGCAAGUUUUCUUCCAUCAUCUCCUGUCCCCACUCUGGGGUCCUCUGUAUGAGUGACAGUUUGGUCUGCCAUGGAACUGGGCCCUGCUCUGGCCUGGCUUCUGUUCCUGAGCCUGCUGGCUGAUUAUCUAAAAGCUGCUCAGUCCCGAGACUUCACAGUGAAAGACAUCAUCUACCUCCACCCUUCAACCACACCAUAUCCUGGUGGAUUUAAAUGUUACUGUGAAAAGGCAGCAGACAAUUAUGAAUGCAAUCGAUGGGCUCCCGACAUCUACUGUCCUCAAGAGACCAGAUACUGCUACACUCAGCAUACAAUGGAAGUCACAGGAAACAGCAUCUCUGUCACCAAACGCUGUGUCUCGCUGGAAGACUGCUUAUCCACUGGCUGCAGAGACUCAGAGCAUGAAGGUCACAAGGUCUGCACCUCCUGCUGUGAAGGAAAUAUCUGUAACUUGCCACUCCCUCGAAAUGAAACUGAUGCCACAUUUGCCACAACGUCUCCUAUAAAUCAGACAAAUGGGCACCCACAGUGCAUGUCAGUGAUUGUGUCCUGCUUGUGGGUGUGGUUAGGACUCACCUUGUAGCAGCUCCAGGUACCAUGGAUAGUGGCUAUCCAUGGGGAUCACAG